AUGUCGGACGAUGACGAAAACCUUCAUUGUUUGCCAGGCACGUCGGGAGAUGAUCCUGGUGGCCUUAUAAUAAAAAAGAAAGACAAGCCAGAAGAAUUUCAGUUUGCAAUGCCUUCGUUACUUGGUCUUGAUAAAUUAGCAGCGGCUAAACGUAAGCAGAACAGACUGAUAUCAUUCCAAGACGACACUAACGAUGACGAUACAUCUGAUGAUAAAAGUGACUCCAGUGCGGUAAAGGAGCGUAAAUAUAGAAGGCAUAAUGAAGAAACACCUACUUAUACCGGUGGAAUAUCAGAACAAGCGCGGGAACGUAUGCUAGAGAGGUUGCAAAGAAGAGAAAAAGAGGCGAAAGAGAAAGGUGUGCACAAUUCGACUCAGGAAGAAAAGAAAUCACGUUCAAGGGAUGAUGAAGAUGAUGCCUAUUAUCGUUAUCGUUAUGAUAGGAGAGACCGUGAUAAAGAUAGGAGAAGAGAUGAUAGGCGAGAUGACAGAAGAGAUCGAAGUGAUGGAGACCGUAGGAGGGGUUCAGAUUCAGAAAGAAGGGAUCGGGAAAGUGAAAGAGGUCGAGAUAGCUCGAGAAGGAGCUAUUACGAACCUAGGUUUAAAGAUGAACCUAGGACUCCAACUAUGAAGGCUUUGAAGCCAACAGACAAGACAGCCUGGGACGACGACGACGAUGAUCCGAGGGCUCCAAUUCGAAAGUCAAGUUGGGACUUUCCUACACCUCUGCCAAGAGAUGGUCCAGACCGAUCACAGCGUAGUGACAGAAGUGGCAAACCCAUGAGAGAUUAUAAGGGAAGGUUGUAUGAGAAUACACCCAGAGCUACCCCUCAUAAAUUUGCUAGUUCUAGGCGUGCGGUAGACAUUGAUGAUUCAGAUUGGGAAGAAGCUGAGAAAAAGUUGGACAGAGCUUGGUAUAAUAUGGGCGAAGGCGAAGCUGAUGAAUCAGAUCCAUUCGCGGGAACCUCGGCCGAGUACGUUGCCCGUAAAGAAGAACAAAUAGAAAAAAGAAGGAACCGCAAAGUUUCCGCCCAACGACAGCAGAUAGACAAGGACAACGAAUUGUGGGAGCGAAACAGAAUGUUGACCAGCGGUGUUGUACACGCUAUUAGUGUCAAUAAUGAUUUAGAUGAGGAGAGUGUCGAUCGUGUUCACUUGUUGGUCCACAACAUCGUGCCGCCAUUCCUCGACGGUAGGAUCGUGUUCACCAAGCAGCCAGAGCCUGUCAUACCGGUAAAAGACCCUACUUCUGACAUAGCCAUUAACGCUCGCAAAGGCUCAGCAUUAGUCAAGGCAUUCAGAGAACAGAAGGAGAGGCGCAAAGCACAGAAGAAACACUGGAAGCUUGAGGGAACUAAGCUUGGUAACAUUAUGGGUAUACAGAAAGAGAAAGAAGAAAUGGAGGAUGGUCCCACGAAAGAAGCUUACAAAUAUGCGGAACAUUUAGAUAAAGAACCAAAAGAAAUCGAAUCCAAGUCAGACUUCGUGAAGAAGAAAACGAUUGGCGAACAGCGGCGCUACCUCCCCGUGUUCGCGGUCAGAGAAGAACUUCUGCAAGUCAUCAGAGAGAAUAGCGUAGUCAUUAUUGUCGGCGAAACCGGCAGCGGCAAAACGACGCAGCUGACGCAGUACCUGCACGAGGAGGGCUUCAGCCGGCUCGGCAUGAUCGGCUGCACGCAGCCGCGCCGCGUGGCCGCCAUGUCCGUCGCCAAGCGCGUCUCCGACGAGAUGCACACCAAGCUCGGUGACGAAGUGGGUUACGCGAUCCGUUUCGAGGACUGCACAUCCCCGAACACAGUGAUCAAGUACAUGACAGACGGAAUCCUGCUCCGCGAGGGGCUGCGGGAGCCCGACCUCGACAACUACUGCGCCAUCAUCAUGGACGAGGCUCAUGAACGCUCGCUCUCCACCGACAUGCUGUUUGGACUGCUGAGAGAGGUAAGUGAUAGCUUAUACAGAAAAAUGCAGCAAUUUAAGGGUUAUUACUUUGGUGUCACGUGA